AUGCAUUUCUUCUUCCUCCUCUUCUUUUUCUUCUUCUUCUUCCUCCUCCUCCUCUUCUUCCUCCUCCUCUUCUUCCUCCUCCUCUUCUUCUUUUUUUCUUCUUCUCGUUUGUUUUCUCUUUCUAGUUUUGGAGGGGAGUCUCUUUUUUCUGGAGUUUUUCUCUCUUUUUUUCUGUUUCUUUCUGUGAUUUUUCUCUUUUUUUCUGUUUUUUCUCUGUUUUUUUUUUUUUCUGUUUUUUCUGGUGUUUCCCUGUUUUGUUUUGUUCUCUGGAGUUUUCUUUUCUUAUUUUUAACCAUGGAACGUCUCUCUUUUUGCUUCUAUCUUACAUAUCAUAACAUACGUCCUCCUCUUUCAUCCAUAAAAUCUAUCUAUCUAUCUAUCUAUCUAUCUAUCUAUCUAUCUAUCUAUCUCAGUCUGUCCAUUUAUUUCUAUCUAUUUUACAUUUCUAUUUAUAUCUAUCUAUUUAUCUAUCUAUCUAUUUUGCACUGUUCAUAUCUAUCUCAGUGUUUCCAUUUCUGUCUAUACUGCACUGUUCAUAUCCAUCUAUCUAUCUAUCUAUCUAUCUAUCUAUCUAUCUAUCUUACACUAUCCAUAUCUAUCUAUAUAGCUAGCUGUUUGUCUAUCUCAAUCUGUAUAUCUCUCCCAGUCUAUUCAAAUCUAUCUAUCUAUCUAUCUAUCUAUCUAUCUAUCUAUCUAUCUUACACUGUUCAUAUCUAUCUCAAUGUGUCCAUUUCUAUCUAUAUUACACUGUUCAUAUCUAUCUAUCUAUCUAUCUAUCUAUCUAUCUAUCUAUCUGUCUUGUGUUCAUUUCUUUUAUCUAUCUAUCUAUCUAUCUAUCUAUCUAUCUAUCUAUCUAUCUAUCUAUCUAUCUUAAACUGUUCAUAUCUAUCUAGUCCUGAUCUUUUGCUCCUGGUUUAUCUCAUGUCUUUGGCCGUCUAUUACUCCUGGCUUUCGCCGUACCCUUGCAGGCCUAUUUUUCAAAGAUAUCAACAUACCCUUACUCGCCUAUUGCUCAUGUAUUUCGACCUAUUGCCUAUUACUUCUGGAUUUCGCCGUACCCUUGCUCGUCUAUUGCUCCUGGAUUUCACCGUACACGUGCCUGUCUUUUGCUCUUGGCUUUCGCCGUACCUUUCCCUAUCUAUUACUUGCCUCUCUACUGGUCCUGGAUUUUGCCAUCCUCUUUCUCGCCGACUGCUCCCGGCUACCGCCAUCCCCUCCCUUUCUAUUACUCCCGCCUUUAGAACAUAG